UCUACAUUUCAUGAAGAUUGCAAUCAAAAAUCGCAUUUUAAUUUUUUUUUGUCUGUCUGUCUGCAAGCUGCAGUUGUUUCAAGUAAUCUCCGGAAAAGCUGUGCUAAUUUCGAUCGGAUUUUCACUGAAGGGUGACUGUGAAUUUUCGCUGACAUAGACAGGCAUUUUCUAUCUUAAUAUUGCAUGGACGAAGUCGCCGUCAACAACUAGUUAUAUUAAUAUAGUUUACUAGUUAUGUUACUCAGCUACAUCAUACCUUUAUGAUAGUGAAAGAAUUCUUUAAAUCAGUUCAGUAGUAUUUGAGUUCAAUACAUACAUAAAUACAAUGCUUCCUCUCCUCUCUCCUCUUCAUAAUAUCCUUGUUAAGAAAUGAGGUUGUAACUUACAACCUCGUUUACAACUUAAGACAUCGAACGCUCUUUAUAUUUCUAAUUGUGACUUGUUCUUUUUUUAAUAUAUGACAAUUUAUAAAUAUGUAAAAACAAAUAUAUUUUUUCACUUCGCAAUCGAUCGUUUUCCAUUCACCCCGCCUCCAAUCUUUAACAUGUGGCGACCCUGCCAGGAUACAUAAAGAUGGAAAAAAUAAGCAGGGUGAGAACUAUAACGAGAAGAUAUUUUACGAAGUCCGCAAAUGCGCUUGAUUCCCUAAUAUGUGCUGUAAAAGACAAUACAAGCAAAAUUAAUCAAGUGCAUGCAGAGUACAGUACGAUAAAAGAUGUUUUCGAACAGCUGAAGAAAUAUGACGACCAAAUAAAAGAAAUUAUCAUGGCGUCCGAGCCGUUCGAAGAUGAAAAUUUCGAGAAGGAGUUAAAUGAAGGACAUGAAUACCUAUCACGAUGGAACCUUCUUGAAUCUACGUACAAGGCUCUCUGUAAAUGCGAAAACCUAGAGCAGAGAAGUAAGAUUAAAUUGCCAACCCUAGAGAUGAAAAAAUUCGACGGUAACAUUAAAAACUGGUUAACGUUUUGGGGGCAAUUUAAAAAAAUCGAUAGCGAUCCAGCUAUAGAAGACUGCGAAAAACUACAAUUUUUGUGCCAGAACAUGCAACCAGACUCUGAUGUUAGAAGGUUCGUAGAAAACUUUCCCAUUAUAAAUAAAAGUUACAAGAUAUGUCUGGAAGAAUUAAAGGCGCGAUAUGCAAGAAAAGAUUUGCUUAUUCAAUUUUAUAUCCGUGAAUUAUUGGAAUUAAUAUUAAACAAAAAGGAUUAUGAUUCCACUUCGUUAUAUGAUAAUAUGUCAAGCCAUUUACGUUCACUCGAAGUGCUAAAUGUAACCAGUGGUGAGUAUUCACCUUUUCUUUUACCGUUGGUUGAGUCAGCUCUUCCGGAUGAGAUACUUAAAAUUUGGCAAAGAAAUAAACCGGAUAUAAUCACGGACGAACUUGCGAGUUUACUGGAUUUUCUAAGAAAAGAAGUUGAAGCCGACCAACGUGUUUCGCUAGCUAAUGAUUUUAGCGUCCGCUCUCACUGUUCAAAGCCAACAGUAGCCUGCCUAACGGUUAAUACCGACACGAAGAAGCACAAGGAGGUAAGAUGCAUUUGGUGUGGAAAAGAUCACGCAAGUACGCAGUGUUUCAGGAUUUCCAGAAUGACCAUCGGAGAACGCAGAGAAUACCUGAAAAAGAAGAAAGCUUGUACCGUGUGUCUAAAAAUAGGACAUUACUCAAAAAUCUGUCGAAGCUAUAUAAAAUGUUUUGUAUGCGGUCGGAAACAUUCACCAGUACUAUGCACUGGUACUGGCCACAAACAAGCGGAUAAGCCUACAAUGUCAAUUCAGAAUUAUGCGACUCAAACAGCUAUAGGAACUACAACAUUACUUCAGACAGUUGCUGUCAAUGUACGUCAUGGCGAUAAAUAUGUGAAUGUCAGAGCAUUAUUUGACAAUGGCUCGCAACGCUCUUAUAUUAAAAAGGAAGUGGUAAAUAAACUAAAUUUGAAUCCAACUCAUAGUGAAGGAAUUACACAUUCGCUUUUUGGAGGCAUUAAUGACCCUGUGCACGUACAGUCCAAACAGGAAAAAGAAGAGGAGGUCUUGAAGAGUUUCAAGGAGACUGUCCCUGUUAGUGAGGCUGUCCCUUCACAAAAUUGUAAGAAGGAUGAUGUACAUUACUUACCUCACAUAACAGUAUCCAAGGAGACUAGUUUAACAACUAAACUGCGACCGGUGUUUGAUGCUUCGGCAAAAGAUAAAAAUGGUAGAUCAUUGAAUGAUUGUCUACAAGUGGGAGAGUUAUUAAGAUACCUUGUAGAUACGGUGUUUAAUAUUUUGCUUAUGUGUUUUAUGUUUUUUUUCUUAGAUCGCAGGGUUGCAGUUGUUAAGUUUGUUCUCUUCAACUCUUUUGGAUUUUAUAUGCCAUGUGUCCGAGAGACAAACUAUAUUAAUGUUUUUAUUUUUGACAGUUUAAUGUUUUCUUAUUACUUACGUAACAGAUAAAAUAAGUGUAUAUGUACUCGUAGUGUAAGCGUUCGAUACCUUUUAUAUUUGGUGUUGGAGGAUGUUAAGAAAUGAGGUUGUAACUUACAACCUCGUUUACAACUUAAGACAUCGAACGCUCUUUAUAUUUCUAAUUGUGACUUGUUCUUUUUUUAAUAUAUGACAAUUUAUAAAUAUGUAAAAACAAAUAUAUUUUUUCACUUCGCAAUCGAUCGUUUUCCAUUCACCCCGCCUCCAAUCUUUAACAAUCCUCUUUAUAAUAUUAGUAUAGAUGAAU